CAUCCACUUUUCUCUCCAUCAUCUGUCCUCCAGAUAGACUCCUGCUGCAGGGAUGGCGGAGCUGGAGGGCUUGGAGUUUGGAAAAUCAGACUUUGUGCUUCUAGAUGAAGUGACUAUGGAGCAGUUUAUGGAGAAUUUGAAGUUGAGGUUUGAGAAGAGUCGUAUCUACACCUUCAUUGGAGAAGUAGUGGUGUCCGUUAACCCCUACAGAAAUUUGGAUAUUUAUGGGAAGGAUGUCAUUGAGGACUACAGGGGAAGAGAACUGUAUGAGAAUCCACCUCACCUCUAUGCUGUCGCAGAUGCAGCUUAUAAAGCCAUGAAAAGACGAGCCAAAGACACAUGCAUUGUUAUUUCAGGUGAAAGUGGAGCAGGCAAGACUGAGGCAAGCAAGUAUAUUAUGCAAUACAUAGCAGCGAUCACCAACCCUACCCAGAGGGCAGAGGUCGAGAGUGUGAAGAACGUGCUCCUGAAGUCCAAUUGUGUGUUAGAGGCCUUUGGAAAUGCAAAGACCAAUCGCAAUGAUAACUCCAGUCGUUUUGGGAAAUACAUGGACAUCAACUUCAACUUUAAUGGAGAUCCUACAGGAGGACACAUCAACAAUUACCUGCUGGAGAAGUCAAGAGUUGUUCAGCAGCAGGAGGGAGAAAGAAACUUCCAUUCAUUUUAUCAGUUGUUACGUGGAGGGUCUGUUGAUUUGCUCAAGUCCUUAUAUCUGCAGAGAGAUCCUGCAGAAUAUACCUACACCAGUCAAGGAGCUUCUGUCACACUUGCAUCCAAUAAUGACUCCCAAUGUCAUAAAGCUGUGAUGGCUGCACUAAAGGUGAUUGGCUUUACUGCUGAAGAAAUCAGCUCCAUCUACAAGACCCUCGGUACCAUCCUACACCUGGGUAACCUUCAGUUUACAAGUGAUGGUGAACAUGUCGUGCUGGUUGGAGAAGACAUGCUGAAAAACAUUUCUGAGUUGACGUCCACAGAGCCUGAGAACACCAGGAAAGCAUUGCUGUAUCGCACAGUGGCUACUGGGGGUGGAGAGGUCAUUGAAAAAGGACACAGUGAGCAGGAAGCUAGCUAUGGAAGAGAUGCUUUUGCCAAGGCUUUAUAUGAGAGGUUAUUUGCAUGGAUUGUUGGUCGUAUCAAUAGCGUUAUUGAAGUGAAAGACUACAAUCCUGCCAUCCAUGGGAAGAACACUGUUAUUGGUGUGCUGGACAUUUAUGGCUUUGAGAUCUUUGACAAUAACAGCUUUGAGCAGUUUUGCAUUAACUACUGCAACGAGAAGCUACAGCAGCUCUUCAUUGAGCUAAUUCUGCGACAAGAGCAGGAAGAAUACCAGAGAGAAGGAAUCAUGUGGCAACAUAUUGAAUACUUUAACAAUCAGAUCAUAGUGGAAUUAGUGGAGCAGCCUCAUAAGGGGAUCAUCUCCGUUCUGGAUGAAGCCUGUCUCAUUGCAGGAAAAGUCACAGAUACAGUUUGCCUGGACAGCAUGAACAAAAAGCUGGGCCAGCAUCCUCACUACACCUCCCGGAAACUCUGUCCUACCGACAAGACUAUGGAGUUCAAUCGAGAUUUUCGUAUCCGACACUACGCUGGAGAUGUAACGUACUCAGUUGAUGGCUUUCUUGAUAAGAACAAGGACCCACUUUUUCAAGAUUUCAAGCGACUGAUGUACAACAGUUCUGACCCCGUCCUCAAAGAAAUGUGGCCUGAUGGGAAAAUGAGUAUUACAGAGGUGACCAAACGGCCUCUGACAGCCGCUACACUCUUCAAAAACUCUAUUAUUGCUUUAGUCGACAAACUGGCUUGUAAGGAGCCUUACUAUGUGCGCUGUAUAAAGCCAAAUGAGGUGAAGUCUCCCCUGCUGUUUGAUGAUGGACGCUGUCAGCACCAAGUGGCAUAUCUGGGACUGCUGGAGAAUGUCCGCGUGCGUCGAGCUGGAUUUGCCUACCGACAGCCUUAUGCACGCUUUCUGCAGAGGUACAAGAUGACCUGUGAGUACACAUGGCCUAAUCACCUGAUGAGCACUGAUCAGGAGGCUGUGGAGGCCAUAGUGAACCAGCACGGCUUUGAGGAUGAUGUUGCGUACGGCCUCAACAAAAUUUUCGUCAGAACCCCUCGCACACUCUUCACCCUGGAGCAAGAGAGGGCCGCGCUUAUCCCCAUAUUAGUGCUGUUCUUACAGAAGGUUUGGCGAGGUGCAUUAGCACGUAUGCGAUGUCGAAAAAUAAGAGCAAUUUAUACUAUAAUGGGAUAUUAUAAAUGCUAUAAAGUGAAGGCUCACUUCUGGGAAGUGGAGAGACGUUUUGCUAGCGUUCGAAACAUGGCAGACUAUGGGAAGAGUGUGGAGUGGCCAACACCACCUGCAGCCCUGGCACAGUUCCACAGAAUUACACAACACCUGUACCGCCGGUGGUGGGCAAGGCAGCUGAUCAAAAACAUUCCCCCAUCCGACAUGGCUGAGGUGAGGGCAAAAGUAGCUGCUUUUUCAGCUCUGAGCGGGGAGAGAGUGGACUGGGGCUACAGCCGUUCCUGGGAGAGAGACUACUUAGCCAAUGCUAAAGACUCUCCUCUGACGAGCUCCAACUUUGUGCGCAUCACUAAAGAGCUGAAGAACAAAGACCAGUAUGGACAGGUCCUCUUCUCAUCUGCUGUCAGGAUGCUCAACUGGUUCAACAACACAAAGGACAGAGCUCUACUCAUUACCGACAAGCAUAUUUACAGACUGGAGCCCAAAAAACACUUUAAAGUGCAGAAACGACUAGCGCUUGAUUCGGUGGUUGGUUUAAGCGUAACAAGUGGCAGCGACCAGAUGGUGGUGCUACACACUGCCACUCAAGAUGACUUUCUAGUGCACCUGCAGAGGGGUCAACUGAACCCAAAUCAAGACCGCAUAGGAGAGUUGGUGGGCGCCGUUACGGACCACUUUACACGCGUGAAGAGUACUCCUCUGCCAGUGAAAGUGUGCUCCACUGGACUCCAGGCACAAAUGGGCGGCAAACCAAAAAGUGUCACUGUAGAAACCAAACCAGGACAGACAAUCGCAGACUUCAAGAAGAGUCGAACGGGAUUCACCUUACUGUUGCCCCAGUAACCUCAGGGCUUCGCAGGAAAUUGUGUAAAACAGUAUUCACCCAUUCAGUCAGAGAUGGGACCAUGACUUUCUUAGAUUUUACAUAAUUAUACAGGACUCGAUAUUUAAAAGUUUUUUUUAUUCUCACCAUAUUAAGCAAUGCACUUUGUUGUUUUAAUAGAGUGCUACAGUGAUUGCAUAUUGUUGUAGGCCAACCAUUUACGUCAUCCUCAUCAUCAUCACAAUUCCUGAGGAAACAUUUGGACGAGGUUUAGACUAUAGUUUUUUAGGCUUGGCAAUUGAGGGCUUAACAUUGUUUUUUGACAUCAGCCUUGAUUUGUUUUGCAGAGGUUCUCUUAUUAGCAAUAUUAGUUGGAACAUCAGUCGCACAGUUUGCUGGCACUAAUAGUGUAACCAUUUUUUUGAAACCCUUCACAUAAAGAUACAUUUAUUACUCACUAUAGGCACCACAUUUGAAAAAAUGUCAAUCUGUCCACAUUCUGGAUCUAUGUAGCCUUACUGGCAAGUUCAAAUGACUGGUUUUGUCAGUAAUAAGGACUAUUCAAGUUGCUUUUUGAUUAUUACAAAAUGUACGCUCUCUGACCAACAAAUGUAUUUGGUUAUUACAAGUUUUGUUCAUCAUGGGAACCCUUUAUUUUAUGGUCUUGUUACGCACGUUCCAUGUACUUACAAUAGUAGAAACAAUACAUUAUACACAAUUAUGCAGCGACUACACAGUGUCCUAACUACACGAGACGCAAUGCUGCAACACAAGGUGUUUUUUCCACGUUAAAAGGAGUUUAGUGUGCAAAGGCGAUGCAUGAAAUGUCUGCAACAGUAUAAACCACUAUGACAAUGAUCACAUCAGUAUGUUCUUUAUUCACUUUAUAUGUUAACAGCAUGAAUACCGUUUUAUGUGACAUUUAUUUUUAUACUGAAACAUAUGACGUAAAUAUUAAAGAUGUGCGCACACCAACAAAAACAGUAACUCAGCAUGUACUUUUAAUAUUAUUGAGGAGAUUUAAUAUUCAUUAAUUAGAUUCUAAAUCAAUUUGGGAGUGUAGUGCAUUAUUCUGCUCUUCUGAAAGGCUGGUAACAGUGAAAAACACAUUGAAUGAGUCAACAAUGCAUUUUUCUUUUAUGCAAAAGUCAUUGAUGUUUGG